UCUGGGCUCCUUUUUUUUUUGUCAUUUAAAGUUUCUUAUUCGUGUUAUUAUAAGUUAGCGAUAUGUGGGCACCGCUUUCUUGUCGUUAAAUCAACUUAUUUCCACUAGCAGUCAGUUUGAGCGGACUUCCUGUGGAGUUGAAAGCCCUUGUGACGGCUAUGCUAGCUGAGCUAAGCUAACAUGAACUAGUUUUGAAGUGAGGAAAAACAUGUCGUCGUCGUCGUCGUUUCUUCAAAAGCAGCAGCAUCCAGGCUACGAGGAGGCGAGCCUGCGAAGAGUGGCCGAGCAGCUGCCGUGUCGGGAGCUGCAAGCCGGGAUGCUGCUGUCACUCAUGGGAGAGCCUCAGCAGUACAGCUUGCCUACCAUCUUCAUCUACGGUCAUCGCGCCUCAGGGAAAAGUCACGUAGUCAACGUUCUGCUGAAGGAACUGAAGCUGCCUCACGUCACCAUCAGCUGCGCCGAGUGCAUCUCCACCGCCCUGUUCUUCGAACAAGUCAUGCUGGCCUUCUUCGGUGGAGACGCGGCUGCCGCUCUGCCCCGCACCCCGUCGCUGUCGGAUUUUGUCCGCGUCUACAGGCACCAUCGCUCCCGGGCUGCCGUCGAGCAGACGCGUUACAUCGUGUUGGAAAAAGCAGAGUUGCUGCGAGACAUGGAUGCUAAUCUGCUCCCGGUUCUCAUGCGUCUUCAGGAACUGGUAGAGGACAACGUGAGCGUCCUCCUGCUCAGCGAGCUCCCAUGGGACACUUUCCGGCCGAGCACAGGCUGCUCUGAGCCACUCCCCCUCCACUUCCCCGACUACAGCAAAGCUGAGCUGCACCAGAUCUUAACUCGGGACAGACACCCAUCCUAUUCUGCUGACCUCUACUCCUCCUACAUUCACAUCCUGCUGGGUGUCUUCUACGCCGUCUGCCGGGACCUCCGAGAGCUGCGCCACCUGGCUGCGCUCAACUUUUCUAAAUUCUGUGAGCCUGUGACUGAAGGGAAAGCCAAAGAGAGCGAGACGCACAAGCUGUGGCGAAACAUCGAGCCUCACCUGAAGAAGGCCAUGCAAACGGUCUACCUAAGGGAGGUAUCCAGCCUCGAGUGGGAGAAGAUGCAGAAAGUGGAGAUGAAAGCUGGCCCUUUAAGAGGUUUGUCGGCUCACACCCAUGUGGAGCUGCCGUUUUAUUCCAAGUUCCUGCUGAUCGCCGCCUACCUCGCGUCGUACAACCCCGCCCGCACUGACAAGCGCUUCUUCGUCAAGCAUCACGGCAAAAUAAAAAAGACCAACUUCCUGAAGAAGAAUGAAAAAACCAGCAACCACCUGCUGGGGCCCAAACCUUUCCCUCUGGACCGCCUGCUCGCCAUCUUUUACAGCGUGGUGGACAGCAGGGUGGCGCCCACCGCCAGCAUCUUCUCUCAGAUCUCCUCGCUGGUCACCUUGCAGCUGUUGACUCAAGUCAGUCAUGUUGACCAGCUGGACGCCCCCAAGUACAAAUGCGCCGUCUCCAUGGACUUCAUCUGUGCUAUAUCCAGGUUUGGGCGCGUGUGUGUGCAAGUGUGUGCGCUGUUUCUAUUAGUACACACACACACACACACACGGUGUUAUUUAUCUUCCCAGGACGGUGAACUUUGACAUCAUCAAGUAUCUGUAUGACUUCCUGUGAGGCACUUUCUCGCUACAUGGACACGAUCAUCCAAUCACCUUGUGGUCGUUAUGUAAUAAAUCACUUCACUGUCACUCAACUGUUGCCUCUCGUGACUGAUUGUGUUGCAACGGCAAAACCACCCUAUACAGUGGUGCCUUGAGAUACGACGCCUCUGACUUUCGAGUUUUACGAGAUACGAGCUGUCUUUCGGAUGCCUUUUUAAAUUUUCUUGGGGGGCUUUGACUCGUGAGCACAAAUUUGAGUGGCAGUGAAUUCAACUCGCGUCACGACAUGCAGCAGUUUGGCAGAUAGUGAACAAUUUUUAAGAACCAUAGAGCUUUGCCUUACAAAAGUCAGUUUUGUUUAUGCUAAUGUUAAGAAACAAUGCAAAACGCCUCAGACGGGCUAACAAAUAGCAUCUGUGUUAUGCGGUGUAUUUUUCUAAUUAAAAACACGUUACAAAAUGUUUGUUUUAGUGGUAACCACCUAAAAUGUAAGGCAUAGCAAUUCGUGGAAGUAAAAUAAAAAUAACAAUUUAAUAAAAUUUUAAUGUAACUAGAGGGUAUGCAACCACUUUUCUACCUUGUAAUUGCGAUAAAAUGAAAUAUAACAUUGAAGCAUUCGUGGCUGAUCACGUGACAAUUUUGUUGUACAAACGAGCAAAUCAAAAGGCACUUGUCAAACACAGCUCAUAUAGUUUAUCCGUUUCUACUUUGAAUAAUAGGCUCCUUUGAUAUUAUACAAAAUAAAAAGAGUAAAAAUUUAAAAAAAAAAAAAAAA